CUGACGCGAGAAUCCGCCCAGCUCAACUGUCCCCACUGACUGACUGACUGAUUGCGCUCUUCCUCAUUCGCUCGGCCUUCUCUCUCUCUCUCUCUCUCUUCCCCUCAGGAGUUCCUCGUUUCGUUUCUUCGCCGCCUCUCUCUCUCUCUCUCUCUCUCUCUUCCCCACUGUUCUGUGGCCAGCUGCUCUCUUCCUAUGGCGGCGAUCGAUCUCUCCUCGAGAAUGUCCCUCUUGAAGCCCGACGGCUCCGGCGCCUUCGCUUCCGCCUCCUUCGAUCGCCUCUCCUCCGUCGGAAGCGUGACGGAGCUCUUCCAUGCACCCAGUGGCUGGGCUGCCUUCACUAACAAGCACCGAAUCGCCCCCGUCCGAUCGAUGAAGGUGACGAAAAAGAGCGAGACCCGACGCGUCGCUUCGCAUAAUGGGCCCCUGACAGCUGACAAGAUAGAGUACCCUUUUGACAUUGAAUCCGAUGGCCAUCCACUUGGGCAGAUGAGAGUGCGUCCCAAUGCGUUGAGAAAGACGAAGAUAGUGUGUACUAUUGGUCCAUCCACAAGCUCAAGUGAAAUGAUUUGGAAGCUUGCAGAAAGUGGUAUGAAUGUGGCGCGUCUCAAUAUGUCUCAUGGUGACCAUAGCUCACACCAGAAAACUAUAGAUCUUGUCAAGGAAUACAAUGCUCAGUUCCCAGAUAAGGUUGUCGCCAUAAUGUUGGACACCAAGGGCCCUGAAGUGAGAAGUGGAGAUGUACCACAACCAAUUACUCUUAAAGAGGGACAACAGUUCAACUUCACAAUUAGGCGAGGAGUCAGCACAGAAGACACUGUUAGCGUAAAUUAUGAUGACUUUGUUAACGAUGUGGAGGUCGGUGACAUACUUUUGGUGGAUGGUGGAAUGAUGUCAUUAGCUGUAAAAGAAAAGACAGCAGAUGUAGUCAAAUGUGUAGUAGUUGACGGUGGGGAACUAAAAUCAAGACGCCAUUUAAAUGUCAGGGGCAAAAGUGCAAAUCUUCCUUCAAUAACAGAUAAGGAUUGGGAAGAUAUCAAGUUUGGGGUAGACAACCAAGUCGACUUCUAUGCUGUUUCAUUUGUUAAGGAUGCAAAAGUGGUGCAUGAGCUGAAAGAUUAUCUAAAAAGUAAUACGUCCAACUUCUCAGGUAGCAAUGCAGAUAUUCAUGUAAUUGUAAAGAUUGAAAGUGCCGAUUCUAUUCCAAAUCUGCAGUCUAUUAUCUCUGCCUCUGAUGGGGCAAUGGUUGCUCGUGGAGACCUCGGUGCUGAACUUCCAAUUGAGGAUGUUCCACUAUUGCAGGAGGACAUUAUCAGGAGGUGUCACAGUAUGCAGAAGCCAGUGAUUGUGGCCACCAACAUGCUGGAAAGUAUGAUUGACCAUCCUACUCCAACCAGGGCUGAGGUUUCUGAUAUUGCAAUUGCAGUGAGGGAAGGUGCUGAUGCAGUCAUGCUCUCCGGUGAAACUGCCCAUGGAAAGUAUCCUCUAAAGGCUGUCAAAGUGAUGCACACAGUGGCACUUAGAACUGAAUCAAGUCUAUCUACUAGCAUCGCUCCUCCAGCUAAGUCCAGUGCUCAUAAUAGUCAUAUGGGUGAAAUGUUUGCUUUUCAUGCUACUACAAUGGCAAAUACGCUCAAUACACCCAUCAUUGUCUUCACAAGAACUGGAUCCAUGGCUAUACUUCUUAGCCAUUAUCGGCCUUCAUCAACAAUUUUUGCCUUCACAAAUGAUGAAAGGAUCAAGCAAAGACUAGCACUUUACCAUGGUGUCUUGCCAAUACAUAUGCAGUUCUCUGAUGAUGCAGAGGAGACCUUCUCUCGAGCAAUCGAGCUUUUACUGGAGAAGGGGCUGAUAAAGGAAGAACAGUAUGUAACUCUGGUUCAAAGUGGGGCCCAACCGAUCUGGCGCCGAGAAUCUACUCACCACAUCCAAGUUCGUCAGGUCCAAGGUUGAUUUAAUAUUUCGCUCUUACGAACACGCUCUCUUGGGACCAGAUGCAGCUGCUGUUGGUCGACAGUCGAGUGAUUGUCUUCAAAUUUUUAGUUCUCCAUAUUUAUAAUUCUUUGUAGUGAGUAUGAAAUCAAUGAGUUUUGAAGAGUAUAGGAACCUGAAAACCUUUGCCGCUUAUUGUCACUUCGUACUUGAUAAUUUAUAUUGCCCGGAAUGUCUCCAAGGAGAUUAUGAAGUCAUUAUUGAUGAUA